CAUGCCCGGGGCCUCCCGCCCGCGGGCCGCGCGGAGAUGAUGUCCAUGGACGCCAAGCAGCCCUUCGCCGUGCCCGCCGCCCUCCAGGAGCCCAAGUUCCCCAGCCUGCACGCCGGCGCCGACGCGAUGCGCAGAGUUUGCCUCCCGGCCCCGCAGCUGCAGGGCAAUAUAUUCGGGAGCUUCGAUGAGAGCCUGCUGGCCCGCGCCGAGGCGCUGGCGGCCGCGGACAUCGCCCCCCACGGCAAGGGCCACCACCUCCACGCCCCGUUCAAGCCGGACGCCGCCUUCCACGCCAUGAGCGGCGUCCCCUGCGCCGCCGCCGCCCUCCCGCACCCCGCCGCGCUCGCCGCCCAUCCGCACCCGCUCCCGCACCCGGCGCUGGACGGCGGCGACCUGCUGGAGCGCUUCGAGUCGCUGACGCUGUCGCACAACAACAUGACGGCGCUGCGGCCGGUGCUCCAGGCCUGGCUGGAGGGCGCCGAGGCCGCCCGGCGCGCCCGCCCCGCCGGCCCCGACCCGCCGCCCGGCGCCGAGCGCAAGCGCCGGCGGACCUCGAUCGCCGCGCCCGAGCGGCGCUCGCUGGAGGCGUAUUUCGCGCUGCAGCCCCGGCCCUCGGCCGAGAAGAUCGCGGCCAUCGCCGAGAAGCUGGACCUCAAGAAGAACGUGGUGCGCGUCUGGUUCUGCAACCAGCGCCAGAAGCAGAAGCGCAUGAAGUAUUCGGCGGUGCACUGACCGCCCGGCCCCGAGCGCCCCGACGGCGCGGCCCUACGGACCCCGGAACGGGACAGACGGACUGCC